CCACAGCGGGUCUGGCCUUUAUUUCUUUGCGACGGUUCCAUCGAGAUCGAUUCUCCACCUUGUCCCUCACCGCGACGACCCAUUCUCAUUUCGAAUUGGGCCCUUACUAGAGACUACCUCCCCAUUCUCCAAGCACACGAAGCUGUCUACUGGCAUAGCUAUAAAUAACGCCGGGGCCUUGGCCUGGUCCGUAGGCUCACAACAGCCGUCGCGACAAACAUCACCACAACUGCAACAAUGCCAACAGCAAACAACACGCGACAUAUCAACGAGCCACGCAACGUACUACCAGGUGCCAUCUUCCAUUAUCUCGAUUUAGACGACAUCCGUCGGGCACCGCAAGUCAUUUCAGUAGAAGGCCACUGGGCCAGCUUCAGAAGCCUAGACACUCCCCUCUACAACACCUACGACAUUAUAACCCAAGGCUCCCGGCCUCCCCGAGUCUGCUACGGUGAUGGAGCACCAUUCCGCCUCGUGGUAUCAUCCAUCUUGCUUACCCCGUACCGACCUGCGCGCGAGAUCCCGCUCACAACCCGCGACGCCUGUCGUUGCGAACACUACGACUUCGAAGUCCGACCCUGGCGCCUGUACCGCAACCACCCUGAGAUUAUGAUAAACGAGUACGAGAGGGAGCGGGUGGACCUGGCGCGACAACGGGCACUUGGACAAUCGGGUGCCUUUAACUCUUGGAGAGAAAGACAGCUGGUGGAGAUGAGGGAGGCUCGAGGGCUCGCGGGUCUUAACACUAGCGAGUAUGAUUGGGAGAUCGCUAGGCGUGUGCUUGAGGAUCCUCCGCCGUGGGGCUGGGUUGGGAAGGUCAUGGCUGGUAUGGGAUGGGUUAUGGAAGCGGAGCAGGUUGGAAGGGAAUGCCUGGGAUUUGACUGAGGUGGUGGCUCUACGGCGGCAAUAACGGCGAUGGAACGCAAUGAGAAGGAUGGGUGUGCUACUGUGAGAGGUGUGCUUGGACUGACGUCCAGCAAGCCUUCUUCCUACUCGGUGAGAAUAGUGAGUGCAACACUGUUCCGUGCUCUCACUCUGAGAUCACUCGGCCAAUCUCGGCGAGUGUUAGCUGCUG